UUUCAUCAUGGGUACCGGAAAGAAGGAAGCCACUCGUAGAGAGCGGCAGGGGAAGACUGGGGAUGGCAUGGGAAAUGUUCGCACCAAGGGUGAGAACUUCUACAGAGAUGCGAAGAAGGUGAAGCAUUUGAACAUGUUGAAGGAUGGAAAGCCUCGACGUAAUGCCGAGGGAAAGAUCACUGUGGCUGCUUCAUACCAAUCUCGAGAUGCUCCGGUCGCUAGAAUCGAGCCCAACCGUAAAUGGUUUGGCAACACGAGAGUCAUUUCUCAAGAGGCUCUAUCGUCUUUCCGCGAGGCGGUUGCCGAACGUGCUUCCGACCCCUAUUCAGUCUUGCUCAAGACCAACAAACUUCCCAUGAGCCUGAUCAGAGAUGACAAGGGCGCCAAUGGGUUGAAGCAGCACGAGGCCAAGAUGGCCAUUGAGAAUUCUCCUUUCAGUGAUACCUUUGGGCCCAAGGCGCAGAGGAAGCGCGUGAAGAUGGGCGUUGCCUCUCUGGAGGACCUGGCCGGCGAAACCGUCAAGAUGCAUGACGCUUACGUCGAAAAGACAGACCAUGCUACUCAUGAAGAUGGUACUUUGGUUGUCAACGGUGAUGAUGUCGCAAAGGAUGACAACUCCGGUCUGGCAACCACCGCCGUUGAGUCAGUUUUCUCCAAGGGUCAGAGCAAGCGUAUCUGGAAUGAGCUUUACAAGGUCAUUGACUCAUCCGAUGUUGUACUUCAUCUACUUGAUGCUCGUGAUCCCGAUGGUACACGCUGCAGGAGUAUUGAGAAGUACAUCCGUGAAGAGGCUCCUCACAAGCACUUGAUCUUCGUCCUGAACAAGUGUGACCUUGUUCCCACAGGUGUAGCGGCCGCUUGGGUACGACACUUGUCAAAAGACUAUCCUACUCUGGCUUUCCACGCCUCCAUCACCAACUCUUUCGGUAAGGGUUCUUUGAUUCAGCUUCUAAGGCAGUUCUCCUCCUUGCACUCCGAUCGCAAGCAGAUCUCUGUCGGGUUGAUCGGCUAUCCAAACACUGGAAAAUCUUCCGUCAUCAACACUUUGCGGAAGAAGAAAGUGUGUACCGUGGCUCCAAUCCCUGGUGAGACCAAGGUCUGGCAGUAUGUUACCUUGAUGAAGCGUAUCUACCUCAUCGAUUGUCCUGGUGUGGUACCAGCCAGCUCGAACGCCACUCCCGAAGAUAUCCUCCUUCGAGGUGUGGUUCGAGUGGAGAACGUAGAGAAUCCCGAGCAGUACAUUCCGGCCGUUCUCAAGCGAGUGCAGCCCAAACACUUGGAGCGUACAUACGGCAUCAAGAAUGUCGAGGAUCCUAUCGAGUUUCUCAGUAUCCUCGCUCGCAAGGGUGGUCGUUUGCUUCGUGGUGGAGAACCUGACCUUGAUGGUGUUGCCAAAAUGGUCAUCAACGAUUUCCUCCGAGGAAAGAUCCCCUGGUUCACUCCCCCGCCUCACAAUGCCGGUGGGGAGGACGAGGCGAUCGAGGGCCGUGCUGGUCGGCUCGGAGAAAUGAGUCGGAAGCGCAAGCUCGACGACACUACCUCUGAAAAGCAAGAGGACUCUAAGAAGGCGUCGAAAGAAAAGGCUUCUGAAACUGACAACGACGAAUUCGAGGGCUUCGAGAGCGACGACGAUGAUGACUCCAUCGCGAACCUCGAAAUCAGCGAUGAGGAAAGUGGCGAAGAAGACGAUUAAGUGGUUUCAUUGUCGAGAUCACCCCUGGUGACGCAUGUCGCUCCACAACUCCCAGGGCGUACCCCAAGGUCUUGUCACACCUUGACUUUGGGUGGAAGUUGAAAGCCACUUGCGUCGAAGCGUCAAUGACGCGAACUCUUCUGAGAACCAGAACACAGUCAGGCCUCUUGAGCCUAGCACUGGUUCCAUAUGAAAUCCGCUGGCAUGCCACCUGGACUGUUCUUGGCCAGUGCACGUUAUGCUUCAGCUCGGAGAGCAUUGGUUGUCAGGCCGAUCAAUGCCUCUGCCAACUUGAUGCCCAUUAUUUAAGAUACCCAUUGAGUGUUGUUACACGAAGACUUCAAGAAAUUUCAAGCAAUCAAUCAAUCAAUCAUCCUGAAACAAGGUGGUCUGAUUC